CGAGGAGCGUGCUAGUUUUCCCUGUCGUAUGAGAAGCACCGCGUGAAAUAAAGCGGGGAAAGGGGGAGCAAGCAAAGCAAACGGUGCGUGCAGGAGAGAGAAUAGUAUCAGGAAAAGAGGGAAAACUUAACAGAAAGAAAUAUGGCCGUGUCGGCAACUCCGCCGGUGCUUUCCCCGAGCUCGACACCGGGUGCGGGCGCUUUAUUCCGGCCCGACCCGCUUUAUUCCAGCCCAACUGAGUCUCCGCGGCUCACUGGCAACAUGAUCAGUGCCUUCCUCAGCAGCGGAGGAGGCGGCCAUACGAGCAACAACGGCCCUGUCGGAACCACCAGUAACAGCAGCAAUAACGAGUGCAAAAUGGUCGACGUGCACGGGGUCAAAGUGGCCUCGUUUACCGUAGACGGACAGGAGCUGAUCUGUCUACCACAGGUGUUCGACCUGUUCCUGAAGCACCUUGUCGGCGGCCUGCAUACCGUCUACACGAAACUCAAGCGACUGGACAUCUCGCCUGUGGUGUGCACAGUGGAACAGGUGCGCGUGCUGCGCGGCCUCGGAGCGAUCCAGCCUGGCGUGAACCGCUGCAAGCUCAUAAGCCGUAAGGACUUCGAGGCGCUUUACAACGACUGCACUAACGCCAGCUCUCGUCCUGGCCGUCCUCCCAAACGUUCUCUGGGGAUGUCCAUGCAGGAUGGUUCCAGGCUUCUCCCACACAGUGUCCAUGGCCUUCUGUCUCCAAGCUUGCUCUCCCAUACAGGUCUUACAGCAGCGGCUAUGGCAGAGGCAAUGAAGCUGCAGAAGAUGAACCUGAUGGCCAUGAACAGCCUCCAUGGAGCAAGCAGUCAGAAUGGCACAGAGUCUGAAAAUGAAGAGCUUAACUCAAAUGCAGGGGGCAGUGAGUCAUCCUGGGAUAAGGAAAAGCUGCAGUCACCCCCCUCCUCUGGAGCACAGCAUGGAUUGACCCAUGCCAGCCUCUCUGGUUCACACCUCACCUCACUGCAGCAGAGCCCCCUCCUGGCCAACCGUCUAGAUCUGCCUUUUAUGAUGAUGCCCCACCCCCUGUUGCCUGUCAGUCUGCCCCCUGCUUCUGUUGCCAUGGCAAUGAACCAGAUGAACCACCUCAACACCAUUGCCAACAUGGCUGCUGCUGCACAGAUGCACAGCCCCGUGUCCAGAGCUGCAGCGUCCGUCAUCAAGGAGUGUGUACAGGAAAGUCCAUCUCCAGCUCCAUCUCUGGAGGAACCCCCUCGUCCAGGCUCACAGCCCUCCUCCCACGCCAGCAGCAGUGUGUCCAGCUCUCCACAUCCACAUUCACGGAGCCCUGAGCACCUAGUGCUGAAUCCAACUGAUGAUGAAGUCAGAGAGACUGGCAUUAACAUGAAGAAAAUCAUCAAAGAGAAAGAUGAAGCUCAGAUAGCCUUGCCCCUACUGAAGUCAGGUUUUGAGAAGCUUCCUCUGGGUACACAGACUCUUCCUCCAGGCUUUCCCACUCCAUUCCUCUUCACUGAGGGCCUCUCCUCUGUUGAGACAUUGCUCACCAACAUCCAGGGCCUGCUUAAGGUGGCAGUUGACAAUGCACGUGUGCAGGAGAAACAGGUACAGCAGGAGAGAAAAGAGCUCAAGAUGGAGCUGUACAGAGAACGAGAAAUGAGAGAGAGUCUGGAGAGGCAGCUUACUUCUGAGCUUCACAGCCGAGCUACCAUCCAGAAGCGUCUGAAGAAGGAGAAGAAGGUGAAGAGAAAACUGCAGGAGGCUCUGGAUUUUGAGUCAAAGAGGCGAGAACAGGUGGAACAGGCCCUCAAACAAGCCACCUCUCCUGAGAGUCUCUGCAUGAGUCUCAAUGAAGCAGUGAUACCAGAAGUGGAACCUGAGCAUAAUGGCAAUCAGCAAGACUCAGCCAUGCAAGAGAAUAGACCCUACUCCAAACCUCCCAUUAUGUACUGAGAUGGAUGUGCAGCUCCUCUUUACGUACCUCCUCACCAGUAGAUGGCUUCUUCACUCCACUUUGGAACUUUUUGACUCUGACGUUGGAGAUUUCAAGUGCUAGUGCUGAGGUUGUUGACCACCGAUCACCCAACCUUGUAUACUGGACUCAAGUGUGUAAUGGGGUCCAGCACAAAUGGGCAACCCAAGGACUGCUGCUUGUUGGCAACCUUCCAAUGCAUCACAAUUUAUAGAAAAAAAGAAAGAAGGAACAAACAACAACAACAACAACAACAACUUUUUCUCUGUUUUUCACGAACUCUAUGUCCUACCCAAUUUGAAACUUUUCUCCUGGACUAAGGUAUACUUUGCAGUCAAUUGUUCAUGUCCUUGUGAAGCACACAUCAGUGUCCUCCUCUGUGGUUACUGUUCUCUGGACACAUUUCCCAUUGUUAUUGCUUUUAGUUAACCCAAUGUACAGCAGUGAUUCUGGACAGCUAAAGUAACUAAGCAAAUGACCAUCGAUGAAAUAACAAUCCCAUUCAAAACCAGCAAAUUCUUAUGAACUAUCAAUCAAAUUUGUUGCUUCAUUUUUUUGCCUCCCUUUUUACGUAUCGUACUCUUGUUUUGGAAAUGUAGAAGCAUCACAUUUUCCUCCUUAAAGUGUUUAUCAUAAUGUUUAUUUUGUUUGUUUUGUUGUUUAAUCAACAUUUCAAACGAGACGUGAUGUGGAAACAUUUUUGUACUUAUGACUUUGCCCCUCUGACAAUAGUCUCUAUAGUGCUCCUGGAUGAAAUAAGUUAUAAGACAAAAACUGCUAUGAAUACAGUAUUACUGUAAUUCCCCUUCUCUUUUUACCUUUGUUUAUAAAUAUUUGUAAAAUGCUUUAGCAUUCACUUUUCCUUUGUCAUUAUUAAGUGGAUACAUUUUAGUGUUGAAUGAAUGAAACAGAUGUAAAAACAUAAAAAAAUAAAUAAAUAAAGUACACUUAUGCACAUCUGAUGCAAGCAUGCUUGUAGAUACAACACUGCUGACAGUAAUGACAAUUUACACUGUUUAAAGUUGAAAAGCUGCCUCUUCUAAUCUAUUUUCUGGAGAAACUUAGAUCUUGGUUAUGAUACCGGCAGCUACUGAUGUUACAAAAUGAUGACUAACCACAAGUCACCGACU